GUCUCACUCACCUCUCACUCACUCACUCAACAUCCAACAAUGUCCGCCGCAGACGACGCCCGCGCGCGCCGCCUCGCAGCGAUCGAAGCACGCCUCGCACCCGCAGCACCCGAGCCCGCACCAGCAUCCACGUCCGCAUCUGGGCCUUCCUCCGGCGCGACGACCCCGCUGUUCGGUGCCCGACCUGCACACCUCCCCAAGCCUUGGACGCGCCCGUCGGCGCGCGACGAGAACGAGCGCCGCCGCGAGCUCGCGCGUAUCCUCAACCGCACGAUUAUUCGCGAUAGUAGCUACUCGGUGGCUGUGGCCUGUGUCGAGACCCUCAUCAAGAUUGCGGAGAAUAUCCAGGCGCAUCCCGACGACAAGUAUCGCCGCCUCAAGACGGACAACCCGGCGCUCAAGAACAAGGUGUUCGCGGCGCCUGGUGGACGUGACUUCCUCGCCCUUCACAUGGGCUUCCAUUCCGAGACGCACGACUUUGUGCAGACGUUUGCGCUCGACCGGUCCGAGCGGAGGCUGUACGAGCUCUCGCUGGCGACUGACACACUUCGUGCUGCUCUCCCCGAGCUUCAAUCUCGCCUCAGCACCCAGAACAUUGGCAAGUCGAAUGCCAAGGCGGACGAGGCGGCACGCGUGGCCGCGGCCAAGCGUCAGAUCGAGGCGGACCGCGAGGAAGUCAAGGAGCGCGCCGACCGUGAGCGCGUCGCCCGCGCUGCGAGGGAGAAGGCCGCUACCGACUUGGCAGCAAGGAAGGCCGCGUUGGACUCGACAGGCGCGGAGGUCGGAGCGUACCCGACGACUGAGACCGCCGAUAUGCUGCUCAACUCGACGGCCGAAGAGCACAAUGCCAACGAGGACGAUGAGGAAGACGAGGACGACGUUGACCGCCGUGGCGACUUUCGUCCCACCUUCUCGCACCCCGACGGCGACGGCAACGAUGGCCCCGGGAUCGAGUACGGCACGAGACAUCGCGGCCACAGAUGGGGAGACGGCAACAAGCUCGGCAAGCAGUAGAAGACGGGCAUGAUCAGCAGUAGCGUAGAUGGCCGCAGAGGGCUCGCGUGGGGUCGUAGAAUGCGAGCGAUAUGACGAUAUCAUGAGUUCUGUAUGUAGAUAGUAUGCAGCGUGUUGGCAAGAUGGCA